UAUUACGUCUUAAAGUUUAUACUAUUCGAAUUAACAUCUUUAUCUUGAACAAUAAAUCUUAAAAGCACACGUGAAUAGUCACACAUUGUGCAUUGAAUUCAGACAAAUAACAAUCUUUGCGGCUGCAGAGUCUUGCAGGAUACUUUGUUUAAAGGAUUAAAGAUGGCGAACGAAUAUCUAAUACACAAAUGGAGAUUAUGGUUUGAUGCACUUGACGUGAAAAAAGAUGGUGUUCUUUCUCGGGAAGAUGUGACCGAAGAAGAAGACAAAUUUGCGCACCUUCACCAUUUCGGCGCGGAGAAGAGAAAGGAUAUUAUUGGAAAGUUAGAUAAAUGGUGGGAUCAGUAUAUCUUUCGUGGGAAAUCUGGUCCAAUCACAGUACAGGAAUACAUCGAUAUGCAGAAUAACGACUUCAAAGAAGAUAAAGAAAAGUACACAAAGUGGGCUGAAGAAUGCGCCAAGACGAUAUUUGAUAUCUUAGAUAUUGAGCACGAUGGUACAAUAACCCAAGAGGAGUUCUUGAUAGCUUUCAGAUCUGCUGGUCAUGAAAAUGUAAAACUUGAUAAGGACUUUUUCAACGCUUACGACCCCAAAGAUGGAAAGGUUACAGUGAAAAAGAUGGUAGACACGUGGGUUACAUUUCUCACCAGUGAGGAUAGCUCACAGCCAAAUAUCAUCAAAGAUGCAUUUGAAGGUGGAUUAUAAAAGUAUCUGAAGACAUUUUAUUCUCUUGUAUGUUAUUAUUAUCUUUAUUCUGGCUACCAAAAGAAAUAACCAGCGGUUUUGCUCUUAUAGCAUAACAAAUAAAAAGACAUUUAAAGCACUUUACUAGAAAAUGGCUAAUUUCAAUUAUCUGUCAUUUGAUUGGUAAAGUACAUGUAUAUAAACAUAUAUGUACUGUUCUUGCGAUGUAUGUACUAUAACAAAUGAAGAAUAUUCAAUAAAUAAAAGAUUUCACAUUAAAUAUUUAAUUUCUAUAUAUUA